AGGGGUAGUGAGAGAGAGACACAUGGAGAGAGAGAUGAGAGGUUAGGAGUCGCUAGUUGGAAAUAUAAUCAGAGACAGGCCACUGAUUCAGAGCUUGGUGCACAGCUGGUGUGACGGGUGAAGAAGCUGCAGGCGAACACUGAGUGGACGGACAGUGACAAUGUGCAACGAGUGUGGGAUUUAAUAUACUGGAGAAUGUUAUAAACUCUAUAACCCAUGUAGCAAACUGGAAACAUGUGGGGACCACAGGUGGAAGACUGAAGUGUUUUAACUGCAGAACUGAGGGGAAUAGCAGAAUGGAUGCUUCUGAAGUACAUCUGGAGAUAACCAACGUGUGAACGGCUGUGGACGUCAUUUAGCAUCUAACACUACUGGACUAAGAAGUAAAGAGGAACUGUUUUUUCAUGUACUACAUUGUAUUGCAGAUAUUAUCUGAAUAAUGUAACAUUAACAACUUGUAACAUUUGCCAUUUUAUACCCGUUUAAUUUUUCCAGCUUUUUCUUCAGAAGUAAAUAGUAAAUGGACUUAAUUGGAUUUGACAUUUUAACAUCUUCACAAAGUGGAGAUCACCUAGUCCUUCAUAUUUAUUACUUAGAACUGAAUGGAUGGUUUAUGGUGGGAAGGACUUCUCUUGAGAAGUAAAGUGGAUCUUUCAAUUUAGACUUUAAUGUAGUGCAAUCUAAAGAAGAUACUGCAUAAUCUCCCUGGCAUCCUAUGUAUAAAUGAUACUACAAUGAAUGCCCGACACCAUCAAAACAAAGUGGAUUACAAAUUGGUAAACCUACUGCAUCCUGCAAGGUUGGCAGUCCUGAUGAGGUGUUUGAACCAUGUGGUCCACUGAGAGCAUGGAGCCAGAGAAAGCACACACCCAGGGCAGCUUCUUCAGCAAGGUGGAUGUGCCUGACCAUGCUCACUACAUUAUCGCCUUAUUCGUCUUUAUCAUCGGGGCACUGGGCAUCACUGGCAAUGCACUGGUUUUGUUUGCCAUCUAUAGUAACAAGAAGCUUCGUAACCUGCCAAACUACUUCAUUAUGAACCUGGCGGUCAGUGAUUUCCUCAUGGCCUUCACACAGUCCCCCAUCUUCUUCAUCAACUGUCUAUACAAAGAAUGGGUGUUUGGAGAGAUGGGCUGUAAGAUGUACGCGUUCUGCGGCGCCCUGUUUGGCAUCACCUCCAUGAUAAACCUCCUGGCUAUCUCUAUCGACCGCUACCUGGUUAUCACCAAGCCUCUGCAGGCCAUACACUGGAGCUCCAAACGUAGGACCACUCUGGCCAUCCUCAUAGUCUGGCUUUACUCUUUGGCUUGGAGUCUGGCUCCACUAGUUGGCUGGAGCUCCUAUAUUCCGGAGGGCCUGAUGACAUCUUGUACAUGGGAUUAUGUCACAUACACACUGGCCAAUAGGAGCUACACGAUGAUGCUAUGCUGUUUUGUUUUCUUCAUUCCACUAGGAAUCAUCUUUUACUGCUAUCUCUUCAUGUUUCUGGCUAUACGGAAGACAAGCAGGGAAGUGGAACGUCUGGGGACUCAGGUGAGGAAAUCCACCCUGAUCCAGCAGAAGUCCAUCAGGAGCGAGUGGAAAUUGGCUAAAAUUGCCUUUGUCGUCAUUGUGGUUUAUGUCCUCUCCUGGUCACCGUAUGCCUGUGUCACAAUGAUUUCCUGGGCCGGGCACGCCGACAUCCUGACACCAUACUCCAAGGCUGUCCCCGCAGUAAUAGCAAAAGCCUCUGCCAUUUACAAUCCUUUUAUCUAUGCUAUUAUACACAACAAAUACAGGAAGACUCUGGCAGAGAAGGUUCCCUGCCUGAGGUUUCUGACUCCCACUCCUCGGAAAGAAUGCAUCUCCUCCUCCUCCAUCAGUGAGUCCUCUUACAGGGACUCCAUCAUUAGCAGACAGUCCACAGCAUCAAGGACUCACUUUAUUACAACUUCCACUGACAUGGUAUUAAGGGAUGUAGAGAUGGAGCCUUUGGGAAGGAAGUCAGGUGAUUCCUUCAGAAGCAUGUCGUUGUACAGUCAGUCUUGCAGACGUAAGUCUUACAAGAAACAGUUAGUGCAGAAGACCACCAAGACCUACACAGCAGAGAAGCAUUCAUCUACCAUGAAUGAAUCAUCGAGCAACUGUGAGCAUGAACUGGUUUCCAGCUCUCUCACCAUCGCCACUCUCCCCCUGCUAGUUCUUACCAGGAGACGCAGCCAGAGUCUGACAAAUGAGAGUUCAGAUGCAGGGGAGGAGAAAGGCAGCAUCUGUGACAGGCUGGGCAGCCACAGGAGCGACUCUUUUGAUUCACUGAAUUUCGGAAAAAUCACAUCUAGUGAUCCCAGGUCACCUCAGGGUGUUCCACGCAUAAUUGUCAUCAGUCCCACGUCUGAAAGCAGCCUCAUCAGCCACGACAGUGUCUGCUUAGAGGAUAGCGUUGAGUCGAUUGAGAACAAUGUUUUUGUCAGCCUAAACUUCUCAACAGAAGUCUUUGAGGCAGUGGAGCUACUCUCUUGACCAGCUGGACUUUGCUGGACAAUAAUUAUCUCUUUUUCACUGAAGGUGUGUUAUUUAUUGUAAUUUCAGACCUCAGAGAACACCACGCUCUUCUCUACAGGCCUAGACUUGUUUUGAAUUUGGACAACUGAAAUGAUCUGUUUCUGUGCUUAUUUCUCAUCCUGUACAGCAAAAAAAAAAAAAAAAGUUAAGCCACUCUGUUGUUUAGAUAAAUGGAGUGCAGAAGAAAAGUUAGUAGCAAAUGAAACAAUAGGAUCUGGUUGUGGUAUGUAGUGUGCAGUGUGUUUGUCAGACUUUGGCAGGGACAGGGAUGCCCUGAGGGGCAGCAUGGGUUGCCACAUAUUUUUGUUAGAUCCCUCAAAAAUGACAAGUGUAACAACAUAUUUUCAGAAGCUUGAGGCCCAAGCUUGACAGACUGAAUUCUUAGUUUAGCAAUUCAAGCUAAAGGCCAUGAAACUGUGAUAUAAAGUGUUGAAUUGAAAUGUUUAUAUCUGAGUUAUUUUAGGUCGACUUCAUGGAUUGUCUGCUGGAGACUGAAGAGAGGACAUUUAGAUCUGGAAUUAGACCAGUUUAGUUAGGGGCAGUGCUGGGCUAGAUAAUCAGAAAAUGUAAUUUAUUACUCAUUACUCUUCUUAAAAGUAAUAUUAUUGCUUUACUUAUUGCUCCCUGCCAACAGUAAUUAGUUAUACUACUAGUUAUAUCAUUUUUCUGCUACUCCCUACAAAACUGAUAAUUGUGGCCCUUCUCCCCAGAAUUAAUUUUUUUUUGUUAAAACCAAAGUAAUGGGAAUAUUUCCAGACUCUGAAUAUAUUAUGUUUCCAUCUAGUUUCCUCCAUGGGGUGCCAAUAAAAGUAGCAUGUUGUAACUGUAAUAUUAUAACUGAAAUGUAUUAGUAUUUAGUUACACUACUAGCUACUGGGGAAAAUAACAUAAAAAUAUAUAUAUUUAUAUAUAUAUAUAUAUAUAUAUAUAUAUAUAUAUAUUUAAAUUCUAAUCUUUUGGUAGUUGUUCCUUAAGCUGUAUGAACCUCUCCAUCUUUUCAUUGUCAGGGAGACAGUGGUAUAAUGAAAAAGUGAGGCACGGUCAAAUCUGUCAAAAAACGACAAACUUUUUAAAUGUUCGUUUUAAUAUGUCUUGCUCAUUAUGUUGAUAUUGCUUUGUGACAAAUGUUCCCUUGAUCCAUUCCUAUUCAUAUAAAAAAACUUAAUUGUACUAUUAAUGUUGCUCGUGAACACUACAGUGUUGUUGCCAGUGAUAUGAGUGAGUGUAUGCUUCAAAAUCCCAAUAAAGGAAGGAAGCAGUACAGUAGAUUUAUAUGCACAUGUGACCAAAGAUGUUUACAGAAGACUUUGUAUUCUUAUUUUUAGACCUACAACAAAUCCCUCCAGUCAGUGAAUGGAAACUCCUCUUCAUCGUAACAGACUAAUUAUUCCUAAUUAUUGUAAUCCUUCAAGUAAGACCAACUUGCACUAUACAGCGGCAAUCACUGUAAGUACAAAAGAAGCUCUAAAAGGCCAAUGUGGCAUCCUGACUUGAUUCAAAUUUGUGAUCCAUUAUCUGGUGUAAUGUCUGUAUCAGUUGUGUUUUAACAUUUGAUGCAUCUGCUGGUUUUAUACAACAAACAAACAUAAUUGGGCAACAAUGGUGAGGAAAUGUCGGAGUAGCACUCAUGUUAGUUUGUGUGCUGAUUAAAUAUUCUGAAUCCAUGGUUUGGCACAAGAGCACUCAAUGAUUAUACUGAUAUUUUACUGAUUGCAAAACCCCAGAUUACAUUCAGGGAUUACUUCAGCACAUUCGAUGCCAAUAUUUAUCAAAUUGUUUAUUUCUUCGAUACACACACAUGCAUCAAAAUUACAGUAUGGUUAAAAAAUAAAUUCAGGCAAUGGUAAAUAAAUUAUGUGUAAUGUCAGGUAUGACUAGUCCACAUCAAACAAUUCAGUGACAGUCUGAGAGUCCCAUGAUUAACAAUAAACAUUAUUGUACAAGAGUAUAUCUUGACUAUUUUCUUUAAAAAAAAUAUAUUCUUUUAGUUUCCCUUCAUGAAAUGUUUUUGACACGCAGUAGUAUAUAGUAGUUUUAGGUCUACACCACAAGAUGAUUCAUACUAAUGGGACAGAAUGUUUUAUUUUGAUGUAACUCUGCUUUGAAUCUUCAAUUUGUUGUCCAAUAUUUCAGUGCUAGAGGAAAUAAGUGAGAGUACGAAAGUAAGAAAGCAUAUUUGAACACUGUGAGGCUGAAGUUGAAUGCACAUGACAUUGUUCACUGAAGGUCACCUGUUUGAUUAUUUUAUGAGCCAUGUUUAGUGCUAUGGGUUAUUUUUGUUUAUAUUAUUAUUUAUCAAUAUGAUAAUUUUCAAAUUAUGUCAAAUUAAACAGAUAAGAGUCGACAUGGGGGAGUACUGUUAUAUGGGUUUCAGUGUGACCUUUGACAUGAUUAAUCACUUUAACACUUAGCUUGAACACAAGCUGGAUGGCUGCAAUUACACUGCCACCAUAACAAAGUCGCUACUGCCAUCUACUGGUUAAAAUGGACAUCACACUAGAGCAACUUCUGAGCAACAGAUCAGUUCUGUGUUUCACAAGUGACACAAAUCGUUUUAAAUAAAAGCAUUUACACAGACUAAUACAAUAAUGAUUAUAAGGAUAAUAAUAAACAAUAAAAUGUCCAGGGUGCCACAUGUUCCUCUCUCACUUUCUUUCACAGUAGUGUGACAGCUAACAAAAGUGUUUUCUUCUUUAUCUCAAGAUGCUGUUUGCUGCUGUUUCAUGUAUUGCUUUUAUUUCCUUUGUGCUACUGGGACAGUUUAUAAAUUAUUUUCGUUAGUCAUUUGUGGCCAGCUGAAGAGAGCCACUGUGUAUGAACUCUUGGUACUUUGACAAUGUUUUUACAUGCACUUAACAUGAAUAAACUUGCAACAUGCAAAA